ACCAUGGCUGCCCUUUCACAGAGUCUUGGCGAGCAAAUCCAUGAAGAACUGUCCUGCAGCAUCUGCCUGGAGCUGUUCACCAGGCCCAAGGUGCUGCCCUGUCAGCACACCUUCUGUCAGGACUGUCUAAAGGACCACGUUGAAGUCAGAACCCCUCUGGAAUGCCCAAACUGCCGUCAACCAUUCAGUCUACCACCCAGAGGGGUCACCGCCUUACCCGACAACCACCUUGUAGCGAGUCUCUGUGGACGAAUCGUCCAGCAGAGCUUUUCUGCCGCUGACAAACAGAAAUUCCGAGAGCCUAGUGCAUCUUCCGAUCAGUGCAAUUUUCACCCUGGCGAACAGCUAUCGCUAUACUGUGAGGAAUGCUGUGUGCCGUUGUGUGUGACUUGUUUGGAUGAGGCCCACAGGGGUCAUAGUACAAUGUCUUUGAAACUGGCCGCGCAGGAGAGACGGAAAUCGGUUCAAACACUGGUAGUGGAGGGAAGGGAUGUCGUAGAGACAUACUGCAGCCUUCUGCGAGAUCUUAGAGACAAGGAAAAGUUCCUGACUGAGCAAAAGAACCUGACAGAAAGCACCAUCACUGCAGCUUUCAACGAAACAAUACAGACGCUGACAGAAAAUAAGAAUGGCCUGCUAUCGAAAGUGGAAGACAGAUACGCACUGAACCUGGAAUCCAUACAAAGCCAAAGAGAUGACAUUUUGUCAAAAGUUGCAGAAAUAUCCGCCGCAUGUGAUAAUGCAGAGCAAACGAUACAGCAAAAGGGGAGAAUGUCCUCUGAUCUGGAGGUCAAUAUGAACCGACUGGUGGGAAAGUACAAGGGCAGAGCGGAGCAAAGUCCUAAGCAAGCAAAGGUUGCUGUCUUUCAGUGUGUAGAGGUGACUGUACCACCACUAGGGUUUGUAACUGUCCAGUCCAUCUCACUCCCCGAUAGCCAUGGGUCAUCAGAAGCCAUGGGUGACCACCGUCACGAUCCGCCACAGAUCUUGAAGUUUGGUGGAUGGGGAUCGGAACGGGGGAAAUUCGACAGACCGCACGGGAUAACAGUAUCCAAAGAUGGCCUCGUGUUCGUAUCAGACUAUGGAAACGAAAGGAUCCAAAGCUUCAACCUACAGGGAACAUUUCUCCACCAGUUCCCGACGGUUGUCUCAGAGCAGGGCAUGUUCAAAUCCCUCAUGUCGACGAAACAGAGAAUGAAACCUGAAGACGUGUCCACGGACAAGGACGGGAACCUGUGGGUGGUGGGUUCGGACAGAUCUGCUGAGUAUGCCAUACACUACACCCCCAGGGGCAAGCUGUUGACCAAGAUUGACCUGAAGCGAACUGGACGGCAGAGAAAAAUUACCGUUGACACGAUUCGGAACAACAUCAUCAUAACAGAGACGUCAGGCUCGAUAACGCCACAAGGCGUGCUUUGUGUAUACAGGCCGGACGGGACGCUUGAGAGAACGGUGGGGGGCGAACAGGAGAUGGAACGGCCUCAGUACAUAAACAUAAACAAAGGAGGGCAUAUCUUUGUAACACACUUCAUGAGCUCGUGCGUGUACGUGUAUCGUGAGGACGGACACUUGCUGUCCGUUUUCGGAGGGGAGGGGAGCGGAGAGGGUGAACUGAAGUACCCAGGGGGAAUCUGUACCAACAGCUCUGGUAACAUCAUCGUGGCAGACAAGGGAAACAAGAAUGUGGUGGUGUACGAUAAGACAGGGAACUUCUUAAGAUAUGUCACAAGUGUGGAGGGUCGUCCUGUGGCCGUUGCCAUGGCGCCGAAGGGACAGUUGCUCGUGACUGACGACAUUCACAACACAGUCACCAUUCUCAAUGAUUACUGAUUCCUUUUA